AAGCAGUUCUUAGUGCGGUAAGCUUCUGUUUAAAUUUCAAAUGCUGAACUUGUUCCGUUUAGGUGAUAAUCUUUAAUAUUCUUGAUAUUAUUGCGGUUUAAACCAUAGACUGUAUAAUAAAGAUAAUCUUUAUUAUACAGUCUAUGGUUUAAACGUGUCAGAGUAGCUGUUAGCUUCAGUUUAGACCCCGCUAUCGUAGCUAGCUGGGUCCGUCCACGUUACCUUUCACUUUCGUGGAAGUUCCCUUCCGAGCCUCUGCAGCGGGCUGACGGAGGGCGGUUGACCGGGAAAGUCCUCUCCUGAGCAGCCAGGAUGCUCCUAAUCGUCCUGGUGUGGAGCCUGUUAGCGUCUGCGGUGGGUCAGCAGGUGGACAACGAGUGGCUGGACCCGUACGAUAUGCUCAACUACGACCCAGGGACCCAGAAGAUGAGGAAGCCCGCCGAGCCAGCCAUCUACAGUAAUGUGGCCACCAGAAGAAGAGAAUACGUUCAGGAGGAGGCGGAAGUCAGCAGCUGCAACAAGCAAGUAGAGGAUCUACAGAAACAGAUUGAAGACCAGAAGAAGACGAUCACGCUCAUGUCCCAGCAGCCUACAUGCAACCCGGUGUUCAAGAGGUUCCUGACCAGACUCCUGAAGAACAUCCAAAGAGUUGGUGAGCCCACUGACUCCUCAGACGUCUUCUACGACGCCAAAAUCAAACUGUCCCGACAGGCCAUGACAGAGAUCCAGACUCUCCUGGAGGGUGAAGACCGGUGGAGGACAGGAGCUCUGGACAACGCCAUCAGUCAGUUACUGGUGGACCUGAAACCACACGACUAUGAGGCCUGGAAGUGGCGUUUCGAAGACACGUUUGGCGUGGAACUCGAUACGGUGUUAAAGCUCGGGGUGGGCUUCCUGAUCAUCGUGGCCCUCGUCUGCACUGAACUGUGGUCGAGGAUCUCCUGGUUCACGCAAUUCGUCAGACUGUUGAUCGUCUGCUUCCCCGUCAGCGUCGUCUGGAACUGGUUCUAUCUGUACAAGAUUGCUUUUGCUGAACACCAGAACAAUGUAGUGAAGAUGGACAGUUUCAAUGAAAAAUGCACCGGAGUGAAGAAAAUUGACUGGACGGACAGUCUGACAGAGUGGUACAGAAGCACCUGGACACUUCAGGACGAUCCUUGUAAGAGAUAUUAUGAAGUCCUCAUGGUCAACCCCAUUCUGCUGGUGCCUCCAACCAAGGCGAUCGCUGUCACCAUCACCACCUUUAUCACCGAGCCGCUGAAGCACAUCGGUCAGGGCAUCAGCGAGUUCCUCCGAGCGCUGCUGAAGGAUCUCCCAGUGACGCUCCAGAUCCCGGUCCUCCUCACCAUCGUGCUCGCCAUCGUGGUGUUUAUGUAUGGAAGCGUGCAGGCCGCCUUCCAGUACGGCAUCAUGGCUCCUCUGCGCCGCCCUCGAAGGGGUCCGCCUCCUCCAGAGGUAGAGCCACAGCAACCACGGCAACCACAGUACCUGAUGAACGAGGACCAUGACGAGUUAGCAGGAGGGGACGCACCUGGACCUGAACCAGCACCUAGACCUGCACCUAGACCUGCACCUAGACAAGCACCGUCACCUCAACAUGCACCACGAUGCCGACCGGACAACGCCGGGAACGAUGUGCACCAGAGGCGACCCGCCAGGACCCGAAAGGAGCUGCCCAGACUAGUGGUGCAGACGCUGAGAUCGGCCGACCCUCAGUACAGCGAGGACGAAGCCGACGCUGCGAGGCGAGAGGAGAGAGAUUCAGAUUCAAAAAAGCAGCCGGAGGAGCCGGAAGGAGCGACUGCAGCUCAAACUAAACCCACAGAAUCACCGAAGCCGAAGAAUAAACUGAGAAAACUGAAGCUUUCUCCAGACGAACCCGACGGAGACGGAGCAGAACCGAAACCAGCAGAGAGGAGACCCCACGUUCAGGACCUGGAGGCCUCAGCUGGAGACGCUUCGUCUGUCUCGCUGACAAACGUCGAAACCGUGGGAACUCCGGUCCAGGAGUCCGGUGGCCGAGUAGGAAGAUUAACGGAGCGGACACACCUGACCGACCAGUUUACUGAUCUACAGACCUGCUGACCUGGACCAUCGACCAAUCAGCAGCCGGUAUCAUGGAGGAAGUAAAUGUCGAAAACAGCUCCGCUUACGGUUGAAUUACGGUCUUCCUGGAUGGUGGAAGACGGAGUAAAAGCCGGGAUUUGAACGAGGAAAUAGCUUGAAAUUUGAAUCAAAAUGGUUAUUUUGUCAUUUACAAAGCAGAAUGCGAUUUUAUAGAUGCUGUUAGGAUGUUUUUCUGGCCGGUUUUCCUGAAUAUCAGUGAUCCUUCCUUCCAUUUUCCAUUCUGAAGGUUGAUCUAGAUGUAAAAAACAGAACAGGACCGACUCGUCUGGAGCUGAAUGUGUGAAUUUCAAACAUUUUUAAACCAAACUGGACAACAAAAUCAUCAUAAAUCAGUAGAAAUGGACAUUUUGAAAGCGUAAUGAUGAAAGCACAAACAUUUGACUUAAUUAGAAGAAAUAAAGCUUUGAUAAACAGCUUUUCAGCUCACUGGUUUGUGUUUUCACAGAUUUGCUUUAUUCUACCUGUUGGUGUCAGUGCGUUUAGCUGCUAACCAGACAGAUGUUUAACUCUGUUGGUGAAAAGUUAAAAAAAAAAAAAAAAAAGAUGCGUAAAUAUUGCACUUACAUUUUCAGGUGGCCAAAACCCAAUAAUCAACUUGUAAUCUCUCAAUUCUCCGUGUCCACGUGUGUUUUACAGUUUACCAUUUAAGAUUUGUAAAUCAUGUCUGAUUUCUCUGAUAAUAAUGUAAAUUAUGUUAUUUUCAUUUCAUACAUGUACUCCAUCUGCUGUCAUUUGUUAAAUUUGAAGCUAUUGUUUAAAUAAAACUCUUAUUUUGC